AGUUGGAAGUUCCUCGACGUUUGCAGCAAAAACGAGCUGCCGACGAGGGCGCGCCCUUUGCUUCAAGACCAGGCGUUUGUUAUGGCAGGCUUCGCGUUUGCCGACAACGAUGUUGCUCUUGCCGCCGGCGCGCUGAUCUCGUUCGACGGUGCGUGGAGGCCGCGCGAGGCCAUGGUCAAACUAUCUCAGUGCACGGUUGACCUCGACCAAGGGACUUGCCACAUCGACCUGGGCUUCACGAGUGGCGGCAAGAGGUCUGGAACGCCAGAGUACGUCAUCAUCGAUGAGCUCGAAUGCGCAUGCCUGCUGGCCAGGAUCUACAUCCAGGACGGUGUAGCGAUGCUGGGGGGCUCGCCCCCAUCCCAGCGCGAGCGCAAGCUCAUCGCGCAGGGCAAAUCGCACCUGCGACGGCUCUCUCGAUUUUCCCUCGGCCUGCCCAUGGCCAUCAAGAGCACCUUAGUGGCUACCGUGGAGUGGGCU